AUGACGACGAUGGAAGAAGUGCUGAUGAAAUGGAAUGAAAUGCAUAACUGUACAAAAGCAUUAGAAUUAACUUUAUCUCUUCUCAGCAAUUUGUUACAUUUUGCAGCUUUUGGUAGUUCACUUGAUUGCAAUUUUAAUUGGACAUUUUGUUGUUGGAAAAAUAAAGGCAGCGGUGCACAAUGGCAAACAUACCGCGGUAGAAGUUAUGAUGAUAAAAAUGGAACAAUUUUGCAUUUACAACUUCAUGAGGAUAAAAUAAGUCAUUUUUUCCUGGCCACAUCGGUGACGCCCGAACAGAAAUUUUCUAGCGAUUGGACUUCAUGCGAGAUAUGCUCCAAAACGGGUCUUUUUACAGUUCUUGUAAGAGCUUAUCAGACACCAAGAACACGUAUCAAAUUAUGCUGGAAAUUUGCUAACAGUAAGAAGAGCAUUUAUCGAUAUUGCACAUUUCUACGAAACUGGAGAUCUACUGAUUAUGCUAGCAAGCAUUUCACUAUCACUCCGAAACAGCCAAUUCAAUUUUAUAUCAAACUACAUAAUCAUGGACAGUCUAUAGCGACAGCAGUUAUCGACAAUAUAAAAGUUGUCACUAAAGAAUGUGACACACCUUUAAUACGAUCAAAACAGAGAUCAAUGAAAAUAUAUCCGAUACAACGAAUUCGGGAUAAAGAAGGAUUUACAACACAAGCUAUAAUUUCUCCAUAUGCAAUGAGCAAGCAAAUAAUUAUCAAGAAUUCUACAAACACAUCUAAUCCAAAUUCUUCAUUUAUACUCAGUGAUAUUUUUGGAGAUGCUUUUGCACAGUUUUUGGUGGAUGAUUCGGAUGGCUUAAUCAUUGAAGGUCAAAAGACUAGAAGAGGUGAUAUAAAUAGGAACAAAUGGUUCAACCGAAAUAAUGCCGAACAGUAUAAUGUAGUAUAUGCUGCAACAACCACUGCUCCAGAACUACCCUUCACUUUCAACCUUUUGGAAUGCAAUACUGUUGGUGGUUGUUUAUUCGACCAGUCAAUGUGCACUUAUCAAAGUUCACUUAUGUCUCGCGGUUCAACUUUCCAACGGGUCAGACUUUAUGAUCGAAAUUUUAUGCAAGCACUUACGAAACCGAAUACAAUAGCAGUAUUGGAAACAGACACAUCAUUCACAGAAGAUCAUAAAAUCGUAUUCGACGCAUUGGAAUUCACAGAAGGAGAGCGGUUGUAUGGAUGCUGCUAUAAUACAAAAUUGAACUCAGACGAAACCUUAAUCAAUAUAAGGACGUUAUUGGGAGGCAAACAACCGUCCGAACUAUUUUGUCCAUUUGCAACAGCAGCGCACUCAACUCCACUUGUUUGGAGGACAGAAAGAUUUACUUGUCCCCAAGGCACCGAAAAGAUUCUAUUUAUGUGUGAAAAUAACGGAAAAAUAAAUGGGGCAUGUGCAAUGGACAAUAUUAGAAUACACAAGAUUUUGGAUGUUCUGGAAAUGGAACCAUGUCAAAAGAACAUUAUCUCCUUCUCAUAA